AUCUAUAUUUUUAUAUUCUUUAUCAAUGUUUUAAAUUAAAAAGCUUCAUCAUGGCUGCAACAAAUAAUGAAGACUUAAAGAAAGGUUUUAUUACAGACGUCACUGAUUACUCAAAAUGCAUGAUAGAUAUAUAUAAAGAAAUCAACUGUUUAUUAGCAAGUCCGAAUCGUUUUAUGCCGAUAAAUGAUCGAGAAGAAAAAAGUGUUUUCGAUAUUGAGCUCAUCAAAAAAGUGUCAAAAGGAAAAUACGCUACUCGAUGGCGAGGGAUAAGCAUGAUGAAGGAUACAUUCGAUAUGACAAUUUAUGAACAACUUCUUUGGGAAAUAAAACCUAAAACCAUAUUUGAAACUGGUACGUACACAGGAGCAUGUGCGCUAUGGAUGGCUGAUGUUAUGAAAAUGUACGACCUUCCUGUACAAAUAUACUCUAUCGAUAUUAGUUUGGAUCUUGUAGACCCGCAAAUAAACACUUGCAAAAAUAUUAGUAUAAAGAAAAUAGAUGUUAAAAAGAUCAACCAAGUAUUCUCAGGAGAAUUUUUAAAGACCUGCCCCCAUCCAUGGAUAAUAUCCGAAGAUUGUCACGUUGAUGUUAUUGGUGUAAUGGAGCAUUUUCACCAUUAUAUGUGCAAAGGAGAUUAUUUUGUUAUAGAAGACACUUCACCUGAUACACCAUUAACAAGUGGUCAAGGGCUUCUUCAACAACAAUAUGAACAAUGGGGAACAAGAAAACUAACAUUAAUGAAAGAGUUUUUGAAGAAAUACAAUGAAUUUUACAGAGUGGAUACAUUUUACACAGAUUAUUUUGGGUAUAAUGGAACAUUUAAUUGGGACGGCUACAUCAAAAGAAUAAAAGAUUAAUUAUAAAAAAUGUUAACUAUAUAAUAAAUAAGUUUUAUGUUUAUUAAAAGUAUAAGCAAAUAUGAAUAAGAAUUUACUUCUUUGCUAAAAAAUAAAUAUUUUUUGUUUAUAAUACUAUAGUAAUUAGUAAUAAUAAUAUUAUCAUUUAUAUUGUAAUAUAUUAUCAUAUAUAUUAUCAUAUAUAUACGAUAUAAUUUAUUUCUUAUAUGCACAUGAUCUUUAUUUCGAGUAACGUUUUAUUAAUAUAACAGAAUAUAUUUUUUUCUUGA